AUGAACCUGAGUCAGGAGAUCCCACUCAGUGUAGCUCCAGUAUCUAGAGCCAAAAUUAUUGCCUUCUACGUCAUCUUCUAUGGCUGCCUGGCCGGAAUCUUCAUCGGAACCAUCCAGGCCCUGCUGCUCACUCUGAGCAACUACAAACCCACCUGGCAGGACAGGGUCGCCCCCCCUGGCCUUUCACACACCCCGCGAUCAGACAAAGCUGAGGUGGCCUUCAACGUCAACGACCUGGAGUCCUUCCUGCCUUACACCAAGGCCCUGAAGGACUUCAUGGCCAAGUAUGACGAGCAGUGGCAGACGGACAAGAUGAAGUUCGAGGACUGUGGAGAGGAAGCACAAGAGUACAAGAACCGAGGCGACUUGGAGAGCGAUGUGGGCAUCAGGAAGGCCUGCCGUUUCUCCAGGUCCUGGUUGGGCCCCUGCUCCGGCCUGGACGACCCAUACUUUGGUUUUAAGGAGGGAAAGCCCUGCUUCAUCGUCAAGCUCAACAGGAUUGUCAACUUCCGUCCAAAGCCUCCUACUUCUAACGAGAGUAUCCCCGACGAGGCUCAGCCCAAAGUGCAGCCCAACGUCAUCCCCAUCUUCUGCACCAACAGGAGAGAGGAAGAUGCCGGUAAAGUCGGAGAGGUUAAGUACUUGGGUAUCGGCGGCGGCUUCCCCAUGCAGUACUAUCCCUACUACGGCAAGCUGCUCCACCCCCACUACCUCCAGCCUCUGGUGGCUAUACAGUUCGCCAACCUGACCAUGAACACUGAACUGCGUAUCGAGUGCAAAGUGUACGGGGACAACAUCGACUACAGCGAAAAGGACCGCUUCCAGGGACGCUUCGACCUCAAGCUGACCAUCACUAAUUUAUGACCGGCGUCAGGACCAUAGCCCUUUCCCUCCCCUCCCCUCCCUUCCUUCCUUGUCCUAAACUAAAUACAAUAGUCAUGUAGAAGAUUAUAAGUAAGGGGGAUAGUCUGUAGCGGUUAAGUCAAUCACAAAUAGUCUUGAAUGAAUAAAUGACAGAACAUACCUGAUAGGGGACCGAUGUAAUCUUCCUGCUUUCAUCACUAGCUUCUACACUUCUAUCUAGCUUAAUUAAGAGGAAAAGUAGCAAUAUGCCUAAUAAACAUAUAUUUAUUCAGCUGUAAAUGAGACUUUUCUCCAAGCCAUGGGACAUUGUUCAUUGAUGAGUGUAGAGUAAAAUCCAUCUCUGCCACGUCUGUCCCUCUGCACAUCGCUGCCUUCGUCGUGGUUCCAGUAGAUCUUUUUGGCAUUAGUCGCAAAAUCUGGUCCUUCCACACCACACAUUUCUUCUGUGAGCAAGCUUUAGCAGUUUUGUGUGUGUCAGAUAUAUAUAUAUAUAUAUAUAUAUAUAUAUAUACACACACUCCAAUUAAGUAAAUGAUUGACAUUAGUACUCUUCUGAUCGGUGUAAGGAAAAGGCUGCACUCCAGGGAACUUCUUUCCUCUUUUUAUUCGUCUUUUUGCAUCUGAUCACGGGGACUCUUCUUUUACUUUGCCUUUUUUUUCUAUUUUCGCUUUGUUAAAUCAUUUUUGUGGGGGUUUUAUUACUUGGUUUCAUGCCUUUUACUUUUGAUUUUGCCUUUUUGAGUUGUGUGUACAGCCUGUUAGACACUGCCUGCUGUACGGUGCUAACUCAAGAUUUUCUUUUUGCUGGAUUCAUCACAGCAUUGUGGUGUAACUCUGAAUCUUUUAGCCAUUAAAACAUGGUGGAAUAAUUUUAUAUUUAUGCAGUUGUACAUUUUGUUUCUUUGCAGAAUAUUGUAAUGUAUAAAUGCAAUACCAAAGUGACAGUUUGGAAGAUAAGCGCGCAUCAGAAGCAAUGCACUACUUGUGAGGAUUUCAUCCUGUUAAGUGCUAAAGUCAAUGUCUCGCCUUCAAUGGUUACCUCCUUUUGUUUUGGCCAUGAAUGUAGUUAGGUGUAGAAUGAAUUUGAAAUCCACCAGAUUUUAAUGCAUUUGAAAAAAGAUGACUUCUUACCGAGCUCAGUGGCUUUAGAUGAUCAAUGAUGAUGACUUUAAUAUUCCAUAGGAUCUCAUGUUGAUGUGCAACACUCACCUUAAACAUCAGUCCACUCUCCAUCAGUUCAUCCAGCUUUGUCAUUUAAUCAGAGAUAGAAACAAAUAAAAAUCAUAAUGGAU